AGAGAAGACGAUUCUGAAAUUCAUCGAUCUCGUGCUUUCUUCUUCCUUGAUUCCUUUCGAAUUCUCGCGUUUUUGUCGGAAUUCUUCUCGCUUCCGCCUCGUUAUCCGGUAUUUCUUUUGCCCAACUUGUUGAGAGAGAAUUUACCAAAAACUAGAUCCUGCAGAGCGAUUUUCGUGGGAAUUCAAGAAGGUUAUGGUGCUUAUUCUCCUCACUCGUAUUGCAGCUUCGAGGUGAUUCCCAUCUUCUACAAGGUGAGUCCAACCAAUGUGAAAAGACUUAAGGGAGAGUUUGGUGACAAUUUUAGAGACAGAGAGUGGGAGUUUGAGUCUGACGAACCUAAGAUUAAGCGAUGGAAAGAGGCGUUGGCGGUUGUUUCCCGUAAGUUUGCCCUGAUUUUGGAUGAGAAUAGCAGCGCAUUAGAGAUUGAAUUCGUUAAUAAUAUCGUCAAGGAGGUCUUGAAAAUGCUACAAGACAUUUACACGAUGGAAAGAAGCUGCGUCUCCACUAGAUAA